AUGCUGGAACGAGCGGCGGGAUGUCUUGAAAACGCGGGACGACGUUUCUUUCGAGAUUCAAAUGGUGCCAUUCGAAGCCGAAGAUCGUUUUAUACCAGUCUUGUGCAAUUCCCUGCGACCAACCUGGAGUUUCAUCAUGGUUCUUCGACCAUCCAGUCGCCGCAAAGACCCGUGCCGAACGAUUUGAACGCCACUCCGCAACUCAACGAUACACGAACGCCACCCCCAGUACUCGAUUUCUUGUAUCCGCUUCCGACCCAGCAAUUUGCAGCCUCCUGCCUCUAUCGUGUCCAAAAACGGCUCGUCCCGCGUCGAAGGAGAAGGACGCCCCCUGGCUUGACGAGGCGAACCUACACAUCACAAGCUGAGGAUCUUGAAAAAGAGGGGACAAGGAGACCCGAUACAUCGGAAGCUGAGGAUCUUGAAGAAGAGGGGACAAGGAGACCCGAUACCUCGCAAGCUGAGGAUUUUGAAGAAGAUGAGUUCCUCGACCCCGCUACUCUAGAGGAAUAUGAGGCCUACGAUGGUGCAUGGUCUCGUUAUGUCGCUGCUGGUCAUCCUACACAAGUCAAUGCGGCUCUCAUAGCGUUCCUUAGGGAUUCAAACAGGCAUGUGGAUCAUAAACGUGCUAGAAGAGUGUUAAAUUGGAUUCCUCUUGAGUCACGGUCCGAAGAAGACUACUUGAACAUAGUCAAAUCAGCUCUAGCCACCAACAAACUGCCAGAGGCGGAAGAUCUCUGUGCAGAAGCCAUACGUUAUGGCAUUGGCAUGAAAUGUUGGGCUUUUCUUCUGGUUCAUUAUGCGAGUUCCUCGCAGUGGGAUUGGGUACAGGCAUUCUGGGACCUCGGGUCAUCAUUCGCAGAGAACGACCGCGCUCAAACGUGGAGCGCUCUCGUUUCGAAUUUGAAUAUGUCUACUCUUGAGGACCCCAUGACUGGCUUGGCAGACUAUAUACAAGAGCAGACAGAGAGCACGUCGCUACAUGAUCUUGCUCGCUUUUUGCUCGACAACGCUUGUACCAGCCAAGCAUUCGUCGAACAAUCUUCGGUCGAUGGUAUUUUGCUAGUUUUGCAAAAAUACAACAAUCUUGGCAUGCUCAAGCCUGCACAUUAUAUCAAACUUCUCAACACAAUUCGGACAACCGAGAACCGACAGAUAUUUGUCCGCUCUAUCGUGAUAUAUCGGAACUUUCGUUGGAGGAUGGAUGGUCACGCUCCUUCAGCAAAACUUUUGGGCCAUUUGGUGAGGCGCCUUGCCUCUUUCGAGAUCACGGCUGGGCUUUUGUACUUUCUUGAUGAGUUCACCCAUUUUUAUGGAAAGCCAACCUUGGACGCUUAUAAGCACGCGCUCGUUGCUUUCUCCAAAGUUGGUGACGUUGACAACGUCAAUGAUAUUUUUGACAAAAUGGUAUCCCACCAUGGCAGGCCCCAAAGCCGAAGGCUGGUGACUCCUCUUCUUUACGUGCAUGCACGAGUCGGUAACGUGCGAGAAACGUUGCGUCAAUUCUAUCGCAUCCCUGAGGAAUUCGGUCUUCGCCCAAAUACAGUCUGCUGGAAUGUUCUGCUUACAGCCUACGCCAACGCUGAGGACUUGAGUGGAUGUUUCAAACUCUUAAGGGAUAUGUUUGACCAGGGCAUGGAACCGAGCUCGCAUACUUUCGGUAUUGUGAUGGGUCUCUGUGCCAACCGGGGCGAUGUCCAGGGUGUCCGUGACUUGCUCGAGUUAGCAAAACAAAAUCACGUACAGAUAACGGCUCCCUUGAUCGACACUAUUGUGGAAGCGCACUGCCAGAACCAAGAGUUUGAGGAGGCGGAAUGGGUUGCGCAGACGUGCCUUGGGUUGGACGUUACAGGUUCGCGUGUCAGAAUGUGGAACGUCCUACUGUGGAACUACGCUUUCAGAAUGGACUUGGAGGCGAUUUCUCGAAUUCGCUCGCUCAUGGAUGAAGCCACAUUGCUCCCAGAUAGCAUGACCUAUGCCGCUCUCAUGCUGAGUCUAGUUCUCAUUGGCCAAACAGAAAAUGCUCGUCGCAUUCUGAGACAGCUUCAUCGCAACAAUCGCGUAUAUGCCACCGAAUUUCACUACGCAAUCAUCCUGUAUGGGUACGUGAAGAAGAGGAACCGAGAUAUGGUACAUGUGAUUUUCAACGAGAUCCAGGAGCGAUUCGGAGAGGCUGGUCUUGCUUCAAGGCUCCUUGUUCUCAAGAGCCAACUGCGGCGAGAUUUGCAAUUAAUCACCGCUGGUGGCGGUGGCGCUGCCGGCGCAUAUACUCGCUUGGAAAACGCAGAGAAGUUCCUUAAGGAGACUAUCUCAGAGUUCCACACUAACAAGACAGCGACAAAGGCUCCUGUACUGGGCGCUGGCAGAAUGUCUGCUAAGCAGGCGUUCCCUACCGCAUACUACGAACACAUGAUGAAUGCCUAUGGAAGGCGCGGAGCUGCUGGGCGAGCUCGAGAAUUAUUCCACGAGUUCAUCCAGAGUCAACGAACAUCACCUGACGAUGACGCUCUCGAGUUAGCCCCAGUUCGCCUACUAACAGCGCUGAUGCUCGCUCAUAUCAGAGGCAAUGAGCCUGAAAUGGUCGAAGAAUACUGGAACAUAGUUUUCCCACGCGCCAUCAAGAUGGCUAGUCGACCGAAUAUUGAGGCAUGGUUGUCCAGUCCCAGCAAUUCCGACAGCGCACCGCUUCCGUCUCACAAGGAGCUCGUCGUCAGCUCCGAAGCCCACAGUGAAUAUAAUGCGGACGAGACCAAUGCGGACAAAACCAAUGCUGAGGCAGCAGAGACUGCGGGCUUCUCCAUUCUGUCUGCUCAUCGCUUCAUGCUUUCUCGGGCUCUUUCGUUGUUCAUGCGUUCUCUGGCUUACCGAGCCGAGGUUCGGAGAAUACCUCAAGUCAUCUUGGAAGUCGAAAGUGCAGGUUUCGCUUUAACCACCUACAACUGGUCUACUUACGUCCAGAUGCUUGCAUCCUCAUCCGAGCCGUCGGAUCAACUCGAGGCAUUCACCAUGUUCGAGCAUCGAUUCAUGCCUAACUUCCCUGGAUGGAAGUAUCUGCGCCGAGGAUUUGGUCUCAAGCCGCACGGUGUACCCUCUACCAUCGAUGUUGUGGAGACAGGCCGUCCCAAACCUCCACACCUGCUUGGUAGAGAAGGUCGACGGUACUGGAGCAAGAUUCAGCCAGACUUCAUGCAGCCUACUUAUGUAUCAAUGGUAUACCUGGCUGCUGCCUUGAAGGCGUUCCGAGAAAGAAGUGUCAACGAUGGACCCGCGGAAAUCCAAGCUCUAUAUGAUCUUGCGCCGAAGACAGUCGAUGCGGUUGCUGAAAUCCCUUACCUUCGUGACAAGUUCCAAGGUGUUCUGCUCCGUGGUCGCGCACUACGAACCGACACUCCAGCCAACGAGCGUGAUGAGUUCGUAUGGACAGGAGGUAUUCUGGGAGCAGGCGGUCUCACGAGGACUUUCUCCAGAGAACAUGAGCCAGUGGAUGAGGAACUUGCUGAUGAUACGGCGACUACGGAAGGUGACGAGCAGGCCGAAGAAGCUGCAGACUUUGAAGAGGCUAUCCCGGAUAUCGAGGAGUUCCGAAGCCUCUUCAUGAGAACACUGGAGAAGUCGGAUGAGUAUGACAUUGAAGUUGAAGCCCGCCUGAACAGGAGACGCAAGGCAACAGGUACCAAAGAGGAGCUAGGGGACGAUGAACGGAACCAGUCUGUUCGUGAGGAAGAUCUCUACGAAGAAGAUGAGCUCGACGAAGAAGCUUCUGAGGGUCCACCAGGAGACCACGGAGAGAAUCUUGAGAAGGCACAGGAAGAGAUCCAGGAGGAGGCUCAUGAAGAAGCCCAGCAAAGUGUUGGAGUGAGGAACCCCGAAGAGAAAGACGGCCGGAAGUCUCAGGAAACAAGUGGUCAAGAGCCCCGGGAAGAGGACCGACAAUAA